UUUUCCGGAAAAUCCUCGAUUUUCUGCAAUGUUUUGGUAAAUAAAAUUUUUCAUGCAAGCACUUUUCGAGUGAUUCCGCCGUAUCGAUGAACGUCAAACACGAUUUUCAGCAAUUGUCGGCGAUUUCACUUGAACUCGGUUUUGUCUCGGUCACAUCCCGUGCAAUAUUUUUUUGAUUUUUCAAUUAAUUUUGUGGUUUUUAGUCAUUUUUAGUACAUUUUACGCGAUUAUCAAGCCAUAAAAGUUCCUUAACGUCAAAAAUUUAAUAAAAAAAUCGAAAAAAUUUUAACUUUUAAAUUUUUUUAACUCAGAAUAUCUGAUUUUCUAUUGAGAUAAAAACCAGUUGACAUAAUUUUCCAUUAAAAUGUCGUCAAUUACACAACUUUUGCGUACCGCGGCGCGACCAAUUUUGCAACGAGGCUUUUCGUCGAAGAGCGCUGCGGGUGCCCAAGAAGCGGCAAAUGGCGGUUUUUGGUUCGGAAUGUCCGACGAACAGAAGGAAAUGGUAAAUUUGGCGAAGAAAUUCACGCGUGAAGAGAUUAUUCCGGUUGCGGCGCAAUAUGACAAGACUGGCGAGUAUCCGUGGCCCAUCAUUAAGAAGGCCUGGGAGUUGGGCUUGUUGAAUAAUCACAUUCCCGAAGCUGUGGGCGGUAUGGAUAUGAGUGUUUUAACGAGUUGUUUGUUGGCGGAGGAGUUCGCUUAUGGAUGUACGGGCAUCAAAACCGCCAUGGAAGCAUCCGGGUUGGGACAAACUCCCGUAAUUUUGGCGGGAAAUUUGGAACAACAGAAAAAAUAUCUCGGAAGAUUGUUGGAAGAGCCUCUGGUAGCUGCUUAUGGUGUUACGGAGCCCGGUGCUGGCAGCGAUGUCAACGGAUUAAAGACAACUGCGGUGAAAAAAGGCGACGAAUACAUCUUGAACGGCAAUAAAAUGUGGAUCACCAAUGGCGGCGUCGCAAAUUGGUACUUUGUGCUUGCCAGAACGCAUCCAGAUCCAAAAGCGCCCGCAAGUAAAGCGUUUACGGGCUUCAUUGUUGAACGCGAAUGGGCUGGCGUGCAACCGGGACGCAAAGAAAUCAACAUGGGACAACGUUGUUCCGACACACGAGGCAUCACGUUCGAAGAUGUUCGCAUCCCGAAGGAAAAUGUCUUGCUUGGCGAAGGCGAAGGCUUCAAAAUUGCCAUGAUGACGUUCGAUAAAACGCGUCCCCCCGUUGCUGCAGGUGCCGUGGGCUUGGCACAACGAUGCUUGGAUGAAUCUUUGAAAUAUGCGCUGGAACGGAAAACUUUUGGACAACCAAUUAUCGCACAUCAGGCAGUCGCUUUCAUGUUGGCUGACAUGGCAAUUGGAAUAGAAACUGCUCGAAUGGCUUAUAUUCGCUCGGCGUGGGAGACAGAUCAAGGAAAUCGUAAUUCGUACUUUGCAUCGAUUGCUAAGGCUCAUGCUUCGGACUGUGCCAACCAAAUUGCGUCGAAUGCGGUGCAAAUCUUUGGCGGAAAUGGAUUUAAUACUGAAUAUCCAGUUGAAAAAUUGAUGCGCGAUGCCAAGAUUUAUCAAAUUUAUGAAGGAACGAGCCAGAUCCAACGUCUUAUCAUCUCCCGACAAAUGGUUGAGAAAGCAUUGAAAGGCUAAAAGAGCAUUUUUUGGAGUAUUUUUGUCCGUUAUUUAGUUUUAAACGCCCCAUGGGUCCAACAAUCAAUUACUUCUUUGUAUUCUUGCAUGAAAAAAAAAAUUAUUAACAUUUUUUUGUACUGAAAAAAUUUUAAAAAUAAAUUUUAUACUUACUCGAAUCAA